UUGUUAACCUGAAGAGACCAGUGCUCGUCCUCCUGCGCGCAGGUUUCACGUCGACACAGUUUUGCCUCUCAGGUGUGUUGACAUUCAAUUAUCCUCUGGCUGUGAAAUGUACGGUUUUUUCUUCUUUUUUUCCUUCUUCUGAUUUUGAUGGAUUACUUUAUUUAAUUUAUAAAUAUGGUCGUUUUCCUUUUAUUUGGUGACGACACAUUUCUCUCCUUUCUAUCAAGGGCAGUGUCGGCCCUCUGAAAACUUCCGCUAACGCAAAAACAAUCGCACGGUGCGCUUUGACGCGACCGUGAGUUGUGUCGCUCCCUUUGCAGACAAACACAAAUCCCGUUAUGCCGAAUUAUCGACAAAUAUUAUGCAGAGCGGUCUCUGAGCGCGAGAAUCACCUGGAGCGAUAAACCCGUAUGAUAAGUUCGGGACUCUUUUAAAAGCUUUACUUUUCUUGGAAGUCGUAUAGCUUUUUCUCCUUCUCCUCCUUCCCAAAGAAGCUCUCCAAAGACAUUCGUUUUGUACUUAACAUUUUACAUUUUCGGGGUAACGUAUCACGUGAUCGAGGCGAGGCGUCUUGAUACGACUUGAUGGUGAGCAAUCAGAGGAUUGGUGGUUCGAUCCCCGGCUGCGCUGCCCCACGUCGACGUGUACACGUCCUUGGGCAAACCCCAAAUUGCUCCCGGCUGUGUGUGUGAGUGCUACUCCCGAUGGGCAGCUGGCCCCUUAGCGGAUGGGUGAAUGACGACAAGUAUUGUUAAAGUUCUUUGAGGGGUCGGAAGAAUAGAAAACCGCGAGAGCAGGACAGGUCCAUUUACCGUUUACAUGUGUCACAGACUGAUGUAUCCGGUAAUUUUUCAAAAUAAAACAUCUUUUAGACCUUGAUUAUUCACGUAAUACGUUUUGUAUUAAUUCUUUCUUUCUCUCUGGUGGUUGGGGACCUCUGUGCUAGAAGAUACACACGCGUUAUGUUACCUUUUUCACGCAAGAUAAUACCUUUUGUCCAGACGGCCUCCCUUCCCACUGUUCACCUGAGAACACGAAGCUGCAUGCUGUUCAGUGAGGAACUCAACAACAUCCAGGUUGAAUUAUUGUUCCUUAAAUAUUGUCGGACGACUUAUGGAUGUAUGCUGAUGACACACAGAACAUUCAUGGUCUAAUGAGCUCGGAAGGAAGAGUUUUUCAACCAUGAGCCAUGUUCAGAAGACGAAGGGUGUUUUUAAAUGUAUCCUCGGCAUUACUAUCAUGCUGUGUGUUCUCUACCUAAUAUCGCCAUCUUUGAAACUUUUAAUAGGCCUAAUACCGAUGGAGAAAUGCUCUUUGAAAAGCGCAAAGAUGCUGGUUCUGGACAACAGUGCGGACGCCAGCCUCGACCUUUGGUCCAGACCUGACGUGCUAACGUGUACAUAUUGGAAAGCUCCCAUUAUCUGGGAAGGAAUGUUUGACCCUGACCUCUACGACCAGAUGCACAAGAAGGCAGGAUCCUCUGUGGCUCUCACGGUGUUUGCUGUGGGCAGGUACCUGGAUGUUUACCUUGGGACCUUCCUGAACUCAUCAGAGCAUCACUUUAUGUUGGGUUUGCCCGUGACGUAUUACGUGUUCACGGAUGUGCCGGAAAAGGUGCCAGACAUCAAGCUCGCUCCUCAGCGAAGCAUAAAGGUUAUCAAGGUGGAGAGGAACUCCAGGUGGCAGGACAUCUCCAUGAUGCGAAUGAAAACCAUCUCGGAUAUCAUCGAGUCGGAUCUUCGCCACCACUGCACGCACGUCUUUUGCUUCGAUGUGGAUCAGGUGUUUUCUGGAAGAUUUGGCUCUGAGGCUCUGGCAGAUUCUGUGGCCCUGCUCCACGCCCACUACUACCGCUUUCCUCAGAAGUGGUUUACCUACGACCGCAACCCCAAGUCUAAGGCGUACAUGCAAACUGGGGAUUUCUACUACCACGCUGCCAUCUUUGGAGGCUCGUGGAAGAGUGUAAAAGCGUUGACUGAUGCCUGCUAUCAGAGCAUCAUGGAGGAUAAACAGAAUAAUGUGGAGGCUCUGUGGCACGAUGAGAGCCAUCUCAACAAGUACUUGUGGCUUCACAAACCGAGCAAGGUGCUCUCGCCGGAGUACUGCUGGGACAACGAAAUCGGCUACAGGAGCGACAUAAUAGUCACCCGAGUCCUGUGGGCACCAAAAUAUUAUGUCACACUGCGCACUUCUUAGUG